AUGGCCUCCUCUCCAGAAACAACAGCUUCGUCGGUCUCCACACCACAUCAUACUCUUCCUUUCGACGUCGAGGUCAUUAUAGUCAAUGAUUUAAUAGAGCUCUACAAGAGAACCGACAAACGCCUGGCACCUUUGGCCACAGUCUCUGAAACUUGGCAACGCCUCGUGGAGAAGCACACUUUUCAGGACUUAAGACUAAAUGAACGGGACCUUCUCGCCUUCGAGAGGUAUACUCAUUCAGAGCGGCUACAACUUGUCAAUUCCAUCACCCUCAAAGUCAUUCGAGUUGUCCCCUCGCGUAGAUCCCGCGACUGGAAUUCCCUACCAAGUUUUUUCCAUCACGUAGUUUCCACAACUGCAGCUCUCGAGUCUAUACACAUAGAGAAAUGUUGGAAUGAGUUUGGCGUGUGUGGCGGUCAUGCUUUUCCGAUCUGUUUCAAGUUGCCAACUUCGGUGAAACAACUUUCCUAUUUCCACGGCGUUAGCAGGGGCUAUCAAAUGAAUAUUGAUCCAACCAAUUUGGAGCUACUGGGCCUCAUUUCGCGAGCCGCGGAUCAUCUUGAGCAUAUCGCCGUGUCUUAUGCAUUCAGCGCGAACCACUUCUUUGAUCACUGCAAAGGAAUAGAGUUUAAACGGCUGAAAACACUGGCACUGACCUAUCGUUUCAACGGAAUCCCUAACAUUGGGCUCUUGAAGAAUGCUUCAGAAGCAGCCAAGAGAAUGCCCGCGCUCGAGAUGCUGGAAAUAUGGGAGUUCGGCCUGCCAGGACCGCCAGUUCAUAUCUUUAGGUACGAGAAGCUCGGCGAGACCAGGGGCCGUAUUAGUUGGCAGAGCUGCGGGACCCAUAGGCUCCCUGACUGCAUAUACAGCGCGUGGAAGAAGCAGUCAACUGGUGGGAAGGUUCACGUACUCGAGGUUGUAGAGGACCGAUUUGCCCGCAACGAUGUCAUAUCCUUUUCGGACCUUGUACCAUAUUUGAUGCUCAGGGAGCGGAUUCUGCGUGAAUCUACUAUGGAACCGGUUUUGGAACUCACAAAAUAA